UCGCGGUGCUGGCGAGACCGGCUCCGGCUCCCGGCCGGUGCCGACCCCCCUCUGUCCGCUCUGUCUCGCUGCCCCGGCCCGCAGCCCCGACCCUCCCGCCUGCCCCGGGCCCUGUGCCGUCGGCCUCUGCUCCGCCGCCCGUCUCGCUGCCCUGGACGCGGCCCAGGCCCCUGCCCCGCUCCCGCCCUUUCCGUCAGGCCACGCUCUUGCUAGUGAUAGUAAUAUUAUUGUCGUUGACAAUGGCCGUGUGGUCACAAAAAGGCUUUUGAGCCUUAGCUUUUUAAAAGGCAGACAGGAAUGGGGGUCAGCGGGAGCCGCCGGUCUUACAGCAGGAGGCGGCCCUGACUCCGCCGGCCCCCGAGUGAGUCGGUGACAAACCCAUGUCACCUUGGGUGAUCAUUGCCUCUUCCGUAACUGUCAGACCUGGGACUGCCCCGUUUAGGAAGUAACUAUGGACAGCGCUGUAGGUGCCCGGCGUGCUGGAGUGGAGAGAGCAUGAGAGACAAGGUUCCUGCUCUCAGGAAGCCAGGAAGGAGCCUCCUGGUGGGGAAGAGAAAGAAACUAAUACCCUGAUCUUUAAAAUAAAGGUAAUGUCAGGUGUUGAUCUAGAAUUACAUUGGGGAUUCAUCUGAUGGGGGACUUGAGGGGCUGCAGUGCUGCUUGAGGAUGGUCCGGGAAGAUUUUAACACUGAGAACGCCAAGUUCAUAAAGACCUGAUGUAAGAAGAUCUGGGCAAGAGUAUUCCACACAGGAAAGAAAGUGCCAAGAACGUUAGAGAAGUGGACAAGGAAGAGGUUGGCCUGUUCAAGGAACCGCAAAAUUGGUCUCUGUGACUGGGUCCACGGAGGCGGAGCGCCGCUCUUCUGGACCGCGUGGUCGCAGCGCCCCCUGGGGGCCUUCCCGAGAUCUCGCCGCCCGUGGUCGGGCCCGCCGCGCCCCGGCUCCGGCAAGGUUCGAAAGCAGUUGGGAGUUGGACCGGCUCCACCUUUGGCUCCGGGAGGCCCUCCUGAGCGGCCUGCCCUCCCGGGGCUAUGAAGAAGCCUGUUCAGAAAAGCGCUAAAGAAAAAGGAAGCAAGCCGUCUGUACAUAACCUGAGCAAAACUCAGCAGACCAAACUCACCGUGGGCAGCCUGGGAUUGGGCCUGAUCAUCAUCCAGCAUGGCCCCUACCUUCAGAUCACCCACCUCAUUAAGAAGGGGGCUGCAGCCAGGGAUGGAAAACUCCAGCCAGGUGAUGUACUGAUUACUGUUGGCCAUGCCAAUGUGUUAGGAUAUACUCUUAGAGAAUUUCUAAAGCUUUUGCAAAAUAUCACCAUAGGAACAGUGCUGCAAAUCAAGGUUUAUCGAGAUUUCAUUGACAUACCCAAAGAAUGGCAAGACAUAUACGAUUUAAUCCCUGAGACCAAAUUCCCAAUAACACGCACCACAAAGAAAACUGAGCAGGCAAAAGAUGACACUUCCAUGAGCAGUGGUGACGAUGAAGAUGGAGUUUUAGAUAAAAGACUCAAGUACUUUAAGUAUCCACGGGCCACUGGACAUUACCCUGCGAGGAGACCACUGUCUAUCUCCCGAGAAUGGCAUGGAUACAAAAAGAAGAACCAAACUAUUAGUGUAGGAAAAGACAUUAACUGCGACGUGAUGAUUCACAGAGAUCACAAGAAAGAAGUGCGCGCCCCUUCUCCCUACUGGACGAUGGUGAAGCAGGACAUCGAGAGCUCCUCCUCCUCCGUCUCCACCACCUCCGAUGCAUUUUGGCUGGAAGACUAUGCUCAUGUCGAAGAGGGCAAGAGCCAAACUGUGCCAAACACUGGUUAGGCAGCAGCUUGCCAAUCUGUGAUCACGGAACAUCCAUCUGGAAAUCACCCUGUUUUUGUGCACUGCCAUGUGCAGCUUUGCUAUACUUAAAGGAAUAUGUGCCGACUUAUCAUUUCCCUUUCACGACUGUGUUGUAAAGCCUUAAAAAGACCUUGUUGGACACGAUCUCCAAAGACCUCCCUGGGGUCUCACAGGCCUCAUAAACCUUAUUUAGGUCAUUACAACCCUUAAGACCCUCCUGUCUCA